GUGCCCUUCUGGCCUCCUACCUGCACUCAGAAACAGUCUUUGCCCCAUUGCACCAAUUCCAGCCCACUGCGCAAGGGAGGUUCACACUCAAGCCAUGGGAGCAUUUGAAGUCUUCAUCAUCUGCCUCCUCUUCUUUGGAGCAACAGAGUCUGUUGAUGAAGGUUUUGAAUUUGAUCUCUCAGAUGCUUUAGCUGGGCUAGACAUUCCACAACAAAAAAAGGAGACAGGACGGUGUCCAAAUGAUGCCAGAGAUAUUGUCUUUGUGAUUGAUGGUUCCAGCAGCAUGCGAUCCUCAGAAUUUAUGCACUUGAAGGAGUUCGUUAAACUCAUCAUGAAAAGCUUUCCUAACAACACACAGUUCUCCCUCCUGCAAUACUCCAGCCGCUUUCAGGAGCACUUUGACUUCAAACAAUUUCACAGAAAUCCCGAUGCGGACCAACUCCUCAGCCAGGUCAAGCAGCUGGGGGGCUCCACACACACAGCCUCUGCCAUCAGGAACGCUGUAAGGGACCUGUUCACCCCACACAGAGGCGCCCGCAACACAGCCACCAAGAUUCUUGUGGUAGUGACAGAUGGGCUGAAAACUGGGGACCCCUUAGAGUACCGAGAGGCUGUCACAGUGGCAGACAGAGCUGGAGUUGAGCGCUUCGCAGUUGGGGUCGGUUUGGGCUUCAUAAGCACAAGUGCGCAACAGGAGCUCCGUGCUAUUGCCUCCCAUCCCACCACAGAGCACGUACUCCAUGUGAGACACUUUACAGACCUCCGGGAUACCCCUCAGCAACUGCAAGAGAAGAUUUGUUCCAGACGCGGUCCAGCUGCUUCACAGCCCCCCAUUCCUCCCAAGGGACCACAGCCCUCCAUUCCAUCACAGGCACCAGACAGCUGUGCUUCACACUCUGAUCCACAGGUGCUGCAGAAACUGGAGCGGGUAUUGAGUGGCCUGGAUGCUAUUAGUGCCAAACUGGACUCACUGGCCAUCAGACAGGGGAAAUGUGGGCGCGAUUCCCAUCCUUUUUCCUGAGCCAGGAGGUGGGUGCUGAUAAUAUAGUCUACAUUGGAAGAUGACUGGUAGGAAAGAAAGCUUGAAGUCAGGCCAGAUGGAAAGUGGUACAUAGAAGUCCUCUUACAAGUUUGAUCUGGUUUUAGACCAAAUGUUGAUGUGUCCGUGAUGUCAAUAAAUUCACCUGCUCACAA